AUGAAGGUCCCUGUGGUUGCCCUUGCCAGCCUCCUCUGCCUGGCGACCCUCUGUGCCCAGGUCUUCUCAGCACCGGCUGGUGCCGACACCCCGAGUGCCUGCUGCUUCUCCUAUGCUAGUCGGAAGGUUCCACGCAAAUUUGUCGUCGACUAUUACGAGACCAACAGUCUAUGCUCUGAGCCGGGCAUCAUCUUCAUAACCAAAAAGAACCGGCAAGUCUGUGCCAACCCCAGCGAGGCCUGGGUCCAGGAGUAUGUCAGCAGCCUGGAGCUGGAUGCCUGA